UUCCAUCUUCACGCAAGGCCAAAGCUCCAUUCUUUCUUCUUUCACCCGCUCCGAUCAGUCCGAUGAACCUUCAUCUCCACUCAUUCUAAAACCCUAAUCUAACUUAAAUCUAUGCUCAUAGCUGAAGAUAUAACAAGAAAAUGGGGAAUAAAAUUGCGCGUACAACGCAAGCGUCUGCGACUGAGUACUAUCUCCAUGACCUGCCGUCCUCGUACAACCUGGUGCUGAAGGAGGUCUUAGGCCGUGGGCGGUUUCUGAAAUCAAUUCUCUGUAAGCACGACGAGGGGCUUGUAUUGGUCAAGGUGUAUUUCAAAAGAGGCGACUCCAUUGAUUUGCGCGAGCAUGAGCGUAGCCUCUCCAGAAUUGGGGAAAUCUUCAAUGGGAUCGAUCAUCCCCAUAUUUGGCCUUUCCAGUUCUGGGUGGAAACAGAUAAAGCUGCUUAUUUGCUAAGGCAAUACUUUUUUAAUAAUCUUCAUGAUCGUCUUAGCACACGGCCUUUCCUCAGUCUCAUUGAGAAGAAAUGGCUAGCUUUCCAGUUGUUAUGUGCUGUUAAGCAGAGCCAUGAACGUGGAGUCUGCCAUGGUGAUAUUAAAUGCGAGAAUGUGUUGGUCACUUCUUGGAAUUGGCUUUACCUUGCGGAUUAUGCUUCGUUUAAACCCACAUAUAUUCCACAUGAUGAUCCCUCUGACUUCUCAUUUUUCUUCGAUACUGGUGGAAGGAGGCGAUGUUACCUCGCACCUGAGAGAUUCUACGAGCAUGGAGGUGAGAUGCAUGUUGCACAAGAUGCACCUUUAAAGCCAUCCAUGGAUAUCUUUUCUGUGGGUUGUGUUAUUGCCGAGCUUUUCCUUGAAGGCCAGCCUUUAUUUGAACUGUCACAAUUGCUUGCUUAUCGUAGAGGACAAUAUGAUCCUAACCAACUUUUAGAAAAGAUUCCGGAUUCAGGUAUCCGCAAGAUGAUCCUUCACAUGAUUCAGUUGGACCCAGAGUUACGCUGUUCAGCUGAAAGCUACUUGCAGACUCAUGCAGGUUUCGUGUUCCCAAGUUACUUCUCACCGUUUCUUCACAACUUCUAUUGCUUGUUGAAUCCACUAAAUUCUGAUGCAAGGGUCUUAAUAUGCCAGACAUCUUUUCAAGAGAUACUCAAACAGAUGAGCAAUGGGCCACCGGAUGGGGAGAACUCAUCUGGUAUAUGCUUCACUUCUAGUGCACCUAGUUAUGCCUUGCAAGGAAAUAGUAAUAUAUGUUCUGCUGUUAAGCCAAUGCUGGAAGAUGUUGCCAAUGCUGCAUAUUCUGAAACUCGGAUGCAUUGUGGCAUGCAGUCUCCUAGUGAGCUAUUUCAGACGGUCUCAAAUGUUUUCAAGCGAAAUCACCACCCAUUCUUGAAGAAGAUAACCGUGAAAGAUCUUACUUCUCUAAUGUCCAAUUAUGACAAUCAAUCAGACACUUUUGGGAUGCCUUUUUUACCUUUGCCUGAUGAUGUAUUGAGCUGUGAAGGUAUGGUUUUGAUUGCAUCCAUGCUGUGCUCAUGUUUACGCAACAUAAAGUUGCCUUUUUUGAGGAGAGGGGCUAUACUUCUAUUGAAGUCUUGUUCAUUAUAUAUUGAUGAUGACGACCGUUUGCAAAGAGUGCUGCCAUAUGUCAUUGCCUUGCUUCCAGAUCCAGCAGCUGUGGUUCGAUGCGCUGCAUUAGAGACUUUAUGUGAUAUCCUUCCUCUGGUUCGAGAUUUCCCUCCAAGUGAUGCCAAAAUAUUUCCAGAAUAUAUUAUUCCAAUGCUUUCUAUGCUUCCUGAUGAUCCUGAAGAAAGUGUGAGGAUCUGUUAUGCAAGCAACAUAUCUAAGCUAGCCUUAACUGCUUAUGGGUUUCUUGUUCACUCAAUUAGUUUAAGUGAAGCAGGGGUUUUAAAUGAAGUGAAUUUAUCUCAGAAAACAUCAGUGUCAUCUACUGAUUCAUCUCGACGAUCACCGGGUCUUAACAGUGACACACGGCUGGCGCAAUUGAGAAAGUCAAUAGCGGAUGUCAUUCAGGAAUUGGUCAUGGGGCCAAAACAAACCCCAAAUAUCAGGAGAGCACUCUUGCAAGAUAUUGGAAACCUUUGUUGGUUUUUUGGCCAGAGACAAAGCAAUGACUUCCUUCUGCCUGUUCUUCCUGCUUUUCUAAAUGACCGAGAUGAGCAGCUCAGGGCCGUAUUCUAUGGGCAAAUAACAUAUGUCUGUUUUUUUGUAGGCCAAAGAAGCGUAGAGGAAUAUCUUUUGCCAUACAUUGAUCAGGCAUUGACCGAUGCAACUGAAUCUGUCAUUGCAAAUGCAUUAGAUUGCUUGACAAUUCUUUGCAAAAGUGGUUUUCUGCGGAAGGCAAUCCUCCUUGAUAUGAUAGACCAUGCUUUUCCAUUGCUCUGUUGUCCUAGCCAAUGGGUAAGGAGGGCAGCUGUCACAUUCAUUGCGUCCAUCAGUGAGAACUUAGGGACAGUUGAUUCUUAUGUUUUUCUCGUCCCUGUUAUUCGGCCAUUCCUCCGUAGGCAACCGUCGUCUCUAGCUUCAGAAAAAUCUCUUCUCUCAUGUCUCAAGCCUCCUGUUCCAAGAGAGAUAUACUACAAGCUUCUGGAAAAUGCAAAAAGUUCUGACAUGCUUGACAGACAACGGAAGAUAUGGUAUAAUUUGUCAUCACAGUCAAAACAAUGGGAAACACUGGACUUAAUUGAAAGAAAUACUGCCGAAUUUGAUCAGACAUCAUUUUGGCGUGACAGAAAACGUGAAUGUGAAGGUCACAAUUUCGGAAGUGAUAAAUCACUGAAUUUUGUUGAUUGUGAUGAUAAUGAGACUAAGUUGAAAGCUUUAGGAAGCUUGAUACAAAAUCCCUCUAGCACAAUGGCUAGCCAGGAUCGGCUUCCAUCAGAAAAAUUGCAAUUAUCUGGCUUUGUAUCUCCACAAGUCAGUAGUAUAAAUUGCUUGAUUGAUAAACCUAAGGAGGGAAUACCAUUGUACUACUUUAAAGUUGACAACAAACGAGCAGCCGGAAAUGGUCCUGCUGCCUCUGAUUCGUCAUUAACGUACACUACUUUGGGGUUAGGUUCAUCAUCUAUGCCUUGGAUGGAUACAGUAAACAAGUCGUUUAGUUUGGCUAAUUCAGUUCCAGCACCUAAGCUUGUCUCAGGGUCAAUUAGUUUUGGUAACAACUCUACUCAGUUGCGGAGGGUUGUACAUGAAGUGGAGGACAGGGAAGCUGACCAAGUGCCAUAUAUUGAAAGCAAGUUUCAAGAUCUUGAUAUAUCUGCCACAAAAAAAGGGAGCCCCCUUACCAUGGAAGAUCACCACCACUUGACUGCAACUGAUGGAACAGAGUUGCCAUCUUUUGCUCGAAUAUCAGCCGUUCCAGAUUCUGGGUGGAAGCCUCGUGGAGUCUUAGUUGCUCACCUACAGGAGCACCGUUCUGCUGUUAAUGAUAUUGCAAUUUCAACAGACCAAAGUUUUUUUGUGAGUGCAUCUGAAGAUUCCACUGUUAAGGUUUGGGAUUGUAAAAGAUUAGAGAAGGACAUCUCAUUUAGGUCAAGGUUAACUUACUCCUUGGGGGGAAGCAGAGCGUUGUGUCUUUCAGUACUCCAAGGCUCUGCUCAAGUUGUCAUUGGAGCCUGUGAUGGAACGAUACACAUGUUCUCUGUUGAUUAUAUCUCUAGAGGACUUGGCAGUAAUGUUGUUGAGAAAUACUCCGGUAUUGCUGAUGUCAAAAAACAAACUGUUGGAGAGGGUGCAAUAUUAAGCAUAUUGAAUUACUCACCAGAUGGUGGGGCCUGCAAAAUGAUUCUAUACAGUACCCAAAACUGCGGGCUCCAUAUAUGGGAUGCAAGAACAAGCUCAAAUGCAUGGAACACAAAAGUGUACCCUGAGGAGGGUUAUGUGUCUUCUCUUGUCGCUGCUCCUUGUGGAAAUUGGUUUGUCACUGGGUCAUCGAGGGGUGUGCUCACACUUUGGGACCUCAGGUUUUGUAUACCUGUCAACUCAUGGCAGUAUUCUCUCUCUUGCCCUAUUGAGAAUAUGUGUCUUUUUGUUCCUCCCCCAAGUUCCUCCUCGACUUCUGCUGCAAGGCCUCUUGUUUAUGUUGCAGCGGGUUGCAAUGAAGUCUCUCUCUGGAAUGCAGAAAAUGGGAGCUGUCACCAGGUAUUGCGGGUGGCAAGUAAUGAGAGCGAAUCUGAAAACCCUGACUUGCCCUGGGCUCUGGCAAAACUCUCCAGCAAAGCUACUACUUCUAAACAGGAUAAAAGAAGAAAUCCAAAUUCUAAGUAUAGAGUUGAAGAGUUGAAUGAAUCUCCUCCUCGCCUUCCUGGAAUUCGUGCUCUGCUUCCAUUACCUGGUGGUGAUUUGUUAACAGGGGGUACUGACUUAAAAAUACGUCGAUGGGACCAUUGCAGCCCGGAACGAACGUAUUGUGUCUGUGGACCAUCUAUGAAGGGGGUUCCAAAUAAUGAUUUUUAUGAGGUGAAAUCUAGCUUUGGUGUUCAAGUUGUACAGGAGGCCAAAAGACGACCCUUGGCAUCUAGGGUAACUGCUAAGGCGAUUUUGUCAGCCGCUACCACGGAUUCUGCUGGUUGUCACCGCGACUCUAUCCUCUCUUUGGGUUCUGUGAAAUUGAACCAGAGACUCCUGAUAUCGAGCAGUAGAGAUGGCGCGAUUAAGGUUUGGAAGUAAAGGAACACUUCUUACUAUAGUUUAGUGUACAUAUUUAUUCAUAUUUCAAUUCUCAUGUGUUCAUAAAAAAAAUCUGUACAUUAAUAUUUAGUUUUUGUGCCCUUAAGUUUCACAUAGCUUUGUCAUUUGAGGUGGAAAAAUGUAUUAUUAGGGGCAAACUGGGAAAGUUGGCAUCAAAAUUUUACAUGCUUUACACUCCAUGAUUCUUUCACUGUCAAGAAUCAAUUAGAAAGGAUGGA